GACGCGCUGAGCGCGUCCCCUCGCUCGCUGCCGCCAUGCGGGCCCGCCGGGGCGGCGCGGGGCCGCGGCAGCCGGCGGCCCGGGGCCGGGAGGAGCAGUCCGUGCCGGGGCGGGAGGAGCAGUACGUGCUGGGACAGGUGUCCGGCAGCCUCGGGGCAGCCGCCGCGCCCGCCGCGCCGCUCGCCCGCCUCUUCCGCGCCGCCGCCCCGCCGGUGCUGGUGGCUGCGCCGGGGGGAAAUAAGAAAAGGAAGCGUACAGAAGAAGGGGAGAAAGUGUCAGAAGACAAGAGCUUAUCCGUCGUACAAGAACCUCCGGUAAAAGCGAAGAAGGCCAGAAAAAAGGAACGCUCAGAAGCAGAGGAAAAACUGUCAGAGAGAGAGAAUGCUUUGGAGCAGGCGGAUGAAGAGGAGGGCCAGAAAUUGUUUCAAAACAAAGCAAAGCAAAAGAAAAAGGCUUCUCAAGCCACCACCAAAAGUGUUGUUAAUUCAGCUAAGAGUACCACUGCAAAACAGCAAAAGAGAAAAUGGGUGGCUGAUGAAGGAGCAGACAGAAGAACGGUGUUUGUUGGAAACUUGCCUGUCAGCUGUACUGCUAAGGUACUGAAAUCUCUUUUUAUGAAGUAUGGACAAAUCCAAUCCGUUCGCUUCCGGUCCCUGAUUCCAGCGGAUGAUACUGUAUCCAAAAAGGUAGCAGCAAUCAAGCAUAAGAUGCACCCAAAUGCAAAGUUCAUCAAUGCUUAUGUGGUCUUUAAGGAAGAAAGUGAUGCCCAGAAGGCUCUGGAGGAGAAUGGAACAGAAAUUGCUAGUGGAUUUCACAUCAGAGUCGACACUGCAUCUAAAACCAGUUCGCAUGAUAAUAAACGAUCUAUAUUCUUGGGAAAUCUUUCAUAUGACAUCCGUGAUGAUGCCGUGCGGGAGCACUUCCAUGUCUGCGGGGACGUCGUGGGCGUGCGAGUGGUGAGAGACAGGAGGACAGGCUUGGGGAAAGGCUUCGGAUACGUCCUCUUUGAGAACACAGAUGCUGUACAUCUUGCUCUGAAACUCAACAACUCUGUUCUGAUGGGAAGAAAGAUACGAGUGCAGCGUGUAGUGGACCAGAAGAAAGCACAGAAAAGUCCAGACCAGUCUCGUGCUCCCGAGGACAGAGAUGAUAAGAAGAAGAAAAAAGAAAAGAGCUGCUCAAAUGACUCUUUUAUUGGUGAAAAAGCAAACCCAUUAAAGAAGAACAUUAAACCAAAAAGACUAAAAACUACUCCUAGGAGUAAAGCUGGAAAAAACAAACAGUCCUUUGGUAAAAAUCAAGCCAGUAAAAAUGCUAAGUAGUGUAAUGAAGAUAGAUAUAUAUGAGAGUGGUUUUUAUAUGUGCAAGUAUAAUAAAUUUUGUUUGCUAAUA